AUAUCUUGAAAAUUUAUAAUAAUAUAAAAUCAUAUAAUUAGUUUGAGCUGUUUUCCAAAAAUUGUUUUGUUUCCAUACAAACCUAAAAUUAUAUGAUCAGGUCACUAAACACAUUUUAAAUAUUCAAAUCGUGGAAGCUUGCGAUUGAUUGGAUGGUCCAAAAACUUUGAAUUAUUCCCCAAAAUUGGGUUCAUAUAUUGUGUGUUAAAACCUGGAAUUAAAACAUGUCUUAAACACAAGAACAACAAAUAUUUUAUUUCUCCGACCGGCUAGGUCCAAAGCACAUCUAGACAUGGCAAUCUCCUAUUGGUUCACCUUCAUGAUUAAUAUAAAAUUUGAUGAUGUGAUGAAUAUUUCUUAAGUAAUGUUUAGACGAAUUCAAUGAAUACAGCCGUUAUAAAAGCCGUUGCUUUUUCCUUUGUGUAUUAUAAAAAUCUCACCUUUACAAAACUCAAUUGCAGCCAUAGAUCUGUACUUCGAUCCUCUCAUGGAAUCCAAGCCUCUCGGUCUAAACCAGCUCACACCAUACCAAACAUACCAGAUUCAGAAGCAGCUCAACCAUAGGCGCAGCACAACCUCAACCCUCUCUCCAAACCAAAUCCUAAUGAAGAAACUCUCACCUUCUUCCUCCAACUCCCAGAAGCUCUACAGAGGCGUAAGGCAAAGGCAUUGGGGAAAAUGGGUCGCUGAGAUCCGUCUACCUAAAAGCCGGACCCGGCUCUGGCUCGGAACGUUUGGAACCGCCGAGGAAGCGGCCUUGGCUUAUGACCAAGCCGCUUUUCAAAUCCGUGGAGAUAUCGGAAAGCUUAACUUUCCAGACAUCAAACACGAAGAGAUCAAUUCUCUCCCUUCCUCUGUUGAUGCCAAGCUCCAAGCUAUUUGUCAUAGUUUGAGAAAAACAGAGGAGACUUGCUCUGUUUCGGAUAAAACAGCAGACAUAUCCUCUGUUUCGAGUAAAACAGAGGAUAUAUGCUCUGCUGCGAAUAAAGCAGAGCUUUUUUUGAUAAAAACAGAGCAUAUGGAAAUGAAAUUCUCCGAUGAUUCACCAAGAAACGAUAAGAACUCGUCGUGGGAUGAGUCUAAGUUGGAAUCUUCGUCUUCAGAACAGGGCAUAACGUUCCUAGAAUUCUCGGAUUCUGAGUUAGACGAGAUUGGGAGAUUCGGGCUUGUGAAGUUUCCUUCGGUGGAGAUCGACUGGGAUGCGAUUAGCAAAUUGUCCGAAUCAUAAUGCUUACUACGAAGUAUUUUUCCUUUGUUGGUCGUUUAGUGUCUAGCUAAUCUCCAUGUGUUUUGGUUUAGCUUGGUAAGUUUUAAAGUC